CCUCACUUCCUCCCAAGAGCUCCCAUUUUCCAGUCACAAAGCGACAGGAAUCAACCGGUCUGCUUGACAAGCUUAAAAACUUCUCAGCCGAGGACCUAGAAAAAAAGACCACCGUUACACAGAAACCAUGCCGUCCUCAAAGAAACUAGCACAUUUCUUGUCAAGUGCUGCUUUAUGUACAGCUGGAGUGGCUGUAUUGGGUUUCGGGAUGUCGACGGACUGGGCCGAAGCCGUCUUAGACUGUGCUCCGAUCGACAGUGGAGAGUUCAGUGGAUCCUCCAGUCUCCAAAUUGGGCUUUUCAAUGGCACGGAGACCAAAAUCGCCUGCCCCAGGAUUGACAAACUUGGAGUUAAAGUGCCUGUGUUCGACCGGCUAGCGAAAUUAGGAAGUGCUCCGGUCAUCCUCCACACUCUGGUUGUCAUCCUGUUGGCUCUGGCUCUUUUGGGGUCUGCAGGAAGUAUUCUGGUCACACUGUACAACAGCUUCAGUAACCCAUAUCAGACCUACAUGGGACCAGUAGGACUAUACACAUGCAGUGGACUCAGUGUAUGUGUGGCCAGCCUGGCACUGAUUCUGUACGUGUCAAACGCCUACCUGGGUGAGAUGUUCCAGACGCUGGUGAAAGCAGAUGAAGCUAACGUGAAGCUGAAGGAUCCACAAAUUACCCUACAGGUGGGGUUCUUCCUUCUGAUACCGUACAUCAGUGUCAACUUGCUGGCCAUCCUCGUGGUCUAUCUGUACGUCCACGCUGCAUACACACGCCGCAAAGAGCAGGAGAAACCAACAGAGGAUGCGCCCAAAGAGAUCAUGAUGUACUAAAGCAAAAACACAGCAAAAAUCUGUUGAACAGGCAAUGAUUUUCAGACUGGAGCUGAAUUCAAUCCAUUAGUUUGAACCUGCCACAUUAACUGUGAAGUGAAUUGCAAAACUGAACUUGCCUGAAUGAAUUAAAAUUCAAAAUUGUAUUAGUCAUAGGCUACACAUACAAAAUAAGCCUCACUUUUAAAAAAGUAAUUGUAUUAGAAAACAGUGUCUCAGAUGAUUUUUGUGUUUUGUUAGCUGUUUUGCUUGUGCUUUUUCUUUAAAAAGAACGCCAUUUGUUUUGAUAUUUUAUCUAAUGCAUGUUUUAAGUAUGAAUUAAGUGUUAAAAUAUUAUUAUUAUUAUUAUUUUGCAUAUUUUAUUGCAGAGGUGUGAAAUAUGUAGUUCUUAUACUAUUUAUCUACUUAUGCAUAAAAUAUUAUUAUGAGAAAAAUUGUCUCAUUGGCUGUUUUUAUAUUAAACUGUCUGCUGUUUCACACAUUCCUCAAAUAUUCUGUAAAUAUUACUGUAAUAAUUUAGUACAAUAAUAAAUCUUUUUAGAAUGAUGAG